AUGAAAUUUACUUCAGUAUUAUCAACUGCUGUUUUAGCUGCUACUGCCAUCGCUCAAGAUGUUGCUUGUUUAGUUAAUGGUGAACAAGUUGCCGUUGUCGAUUUAGAUACCGGUGUUUGUCCAUUCACUGUUCCAGCUGCUUUACCAGUCGCUUUCGAUUUCGUUUCAUUAGAAGAAUACGAUGUUACCUUCUACUACGCUGUCGCUCAAGCUGUUAAAUACUUCACCGAUAUUGUUGGUGCUGGUAGAUUAAUUGAAAUCCCAGCUAUUGCUUUAUACGGUACUCCAGGUGUUCCAUUAUUCCAAGUUCACUUAGAAGCUUCUCCAGCUGCUAACUCUACUGCUGCUAUCAGAAGAAGAUUAUUAAAACAAGUUGAAUUAGUUAAAAAAGCUGAAAUUGAUGAUUUCUUAGCUAUUGCUGAACAAGCUGAAGGUGUCGCCGUUGCUGGUAACACUUUCGCUGUUGUUGAUUUAUCAUCAUCAUCUGCUGGUGCUUCAACUACUGGUGCUACUGAUGGUACCGCUACCGUUACUGAUUCAUUAACCACCAUUGUUACUAUUACUUCAUGUUCUAACGAUGUUUGUGCUUCAGGUACCGUUCCAGCUACUGCUUCAGAAGUUGUUACCACUGUUGAUGAAACCGUUUACACCACCACCACUUACUGUCCAGUUGCCACUGUUGUUACCAUUACCUCAUGUAAAGAUAACAAAUGUCAUGAAUCAACUGUUCCAGCUACCCCAAGUUUAACCACUGAAACUAUUGCUGGUGAAGUUACUUCAUACUACACUUACUGUCCAUUAACUGAAGAUCAAACUGAAGUUGUCACUGAAGAAAUCAAAACCGUUGUUACCAUCACUUCAUGUUCUGACAACAAAUGUCACGAAACCGUUGUUCCAGUUACCCCAGCUACCACUGUUGUUACUGGUACCACUGUUGCCGGUGAAUCUACCACUGAAGCUGCCCCAACUUCAUCAUCUCCAUCAACUGUUGCUUCAAUCUCAACUUACGGUGGUAGUGCUGCUAAAGUCGGUGGUUCUUUAUUAGCCAUCAUUCCAUUAUUCGGUUUAUUAUUAUAA